CAUCUUUUGGCUUGGCAUCUUUUAUUGUGACCGUCGGGAACGUGACAGCUCGGAAAUGAAGCUAUUUUGUGCUGUUUUGGUUAUUUACGUUGUGGCUUUGAUGCUCUUUGGCGCUGAGGGACGUGGUAGUGGCUCCACCAACGGUGUCGAGGAACCGAAACUCACGGGUCUGUUUCAGAGGGCAGGGCGCCAUGCCCGCGACCUGAACAACGAGUCAUCGAUGGUCGCCAAUGAGGAGCCGCCACCGCCACCCAAGCAUUUCAGGUCCCGUCGCGCCGUGGCCAAUGAGGAGCCACCACCACCCAAGGAAUUCAGACAACGCCGUCAGGCUCCACCCGGUCUUCCUCCACCACCCGAAGGCAUGCCAGCACCACCACAGAUGUAAGGGUCUACGGAUAUAUACGGAUAUAGGCAUAUAGUUGGGCGUUUGGGUAUGUCAAUGGGAACCACAUCGAAGCAAAGAAAAACCAAGCGAGCAAUAAAACUGUUUCAAGCAUUCCAAAAAUCAAA